CAACUACUUCUAUUCGUGCUCAUUUGCAACAAAAACAUAAUCUAUUAUUAAAAGGAAGUUUAACUGUUUUAUCCAAAAAACAUUCACCAAAAAUUCAAGCAGAAAAAACUCAAGCAAUUCUUAAUUGGAUUAUUUUAACUCUUAAGCCAUUUAAAGUAAUUGAAGAAAAAGCAUUUCAUAAUAUGGUUCAAAAAUUGGAUCCAUUUUAUCAAAUUCCUGUUCUUGCUCUUACAGCUGAUUUUUGGACAUCUUUGAAAAUGGAAAAUUUUAUAGCCAUUACUAUUCAUUUUAUUGAUAAUAAUUGGAAACUACAGCAUUUUGUAUUAGAUAUAUUUCAAUUUAAAGGUUCUCAUACUGGAGAAAUAAUUGCUGAUAAAAUAUAUAAUUUGCUUGAAGUAUUUAAUAUUGAAACUAAAGUUAUUGGAUUAACUACUGACAAUGCACAUAUACUUAAUUUAGUAGUUGUAUCUGGUUUAAAGCUUUUAGAAACCCCAAUUAAAAAAUUAAGAAAAUUAAUUAAAACUAUUUGUAAAUCAGCUAAAAUUCUUGAAGAUUUGGAAAAUAUAGCAACAAUUAUGUAA